GGUCGGUUUUCGUUUCGUUCGCAGCCAUCGCAGAAAGGAGGAAAAAUUUGUUGUUGUUUUCCGCGUUCGUGUUUACUCGCACACAUAGCGAUUUUCCCCGCGCGCGUGUACAUUUUCCGCACCCACUAUAUCCAACCGCCCUGUGGCCAUUCCGUCGUCUUCGUUGUCGCUUCUCGAGGGUACAUUGUAAAAUCGAAUCGAAGAAAAAAAAAGUUACUGACUGGCAUCAGAAGCUUUCGUUCGGGAACUGUCAAGUCGACUGGUUCAUUUUCUUGUUUUACGCGAUCGAAUUCGGACCGUUCGCGUCAUCCCGUAGCGGAUAGUCUCGGCGGAAGCGAAAAAUAAAAGAGUGAAGAAAAGGCGAACAAAAGCAGGUUCCAACUUGGCAGUUCCGAGUCCUCUGACUCGCUUCGACGGUGGCCAUAAUUUCUUGUGUAGAGUGAAUCGGAAACCUUCCGGAACUCCGGUGUUGUCGAGUUAGUGAACCUUCUAUUGGUAAGAAGAGAGAGAAAACGGGAACUUGUUCCGGGAUUUUUUUUUCUUUUCUCAUUCCUUCGCCUGCCUCUUCGAUAAUAAUUUGCUUCGACAAAGUCGUAACGCGCGUCGUAAUUUUCGUCGUCAAUUGUCCGGUUGUUCGAAGGGAAAUUUUUGGGGGUGCCCUCUGGAGAGUGACCCUGUUACAUCCAAUAUAAGCGAAAACCAAUUACAAAACCCCAAAGCGCUGGAACUGGGAACCGAGUGAAUUUUCGAUUUUGCUGAAUUCCACUCCAGAUUAUUCCAACAAAAGCAACUCUUCUAUAAGCUCCGCUAAGUGUUAGAGAGGGGGCAAUUUUUGCUGUUUCAUUUCCAUCUAUACCUACAAUAUACUUUGGAGACUCAAUCGUUAGGCUGUUUUUUCCUGCUUCUCUCCCUUCGAUGGUGGCCAUAUAGAGGGGCACAGCAAAGAAUAAAAUUAUCGGAAGAGAUUGUUUUCGCUGUGUAGCAACAGUAAUUUUCCUGAAGUUUCAGAAGUGCUUCAAUCGGUCGGUAUUUCGGUGUAAAGCACAGCAUCAAAUUUGGAACAUUAGGAACCAGACUCAAGUCAACUCCAGAACAAGUUCACUUAGCUCGCGGGUUUUCGAGAUUAAAAAGUUCUCGAGUAGGUACUGAAAGCUUUGAGUGACGAACACCACACGAACACACAGCUUCAUCGGUUGCUAAAGUCUUCACUUGUCAGAUAAGCGUGAUCGAAGAAAGUCCAAGCCCUGAGUUGUUUAGUGCUGAGAUCCAGAGAAGAAACUGAUUCAACAAAAUUGGCCAGCUAGCUGGAAGACCAUUGUUAUAUUGUGCGCGAAGUGGCGAAUGAAAGUGUAAUACUUGAAUUACAAGUAAAUGGUAGAAUAGUGAAAAGGGGAAGAUAAAAACUACAAUAAAGCCAAGAAAAAAGGGCAAACGGCAGAAGAAAAGCGUGUUCGUAGUCUCGCUCGUGGGUCCCGGAGAAGAUCAAAUCUCGACCACUUGGCCAGGGGAAGAGAAUAGAAAUAAAUAAAUAUCGGAAAAACAUCAAUUUCAUGAGCCGAGCUCGCGUGUGUAAUUGUGUAUAAGUGGUCAGCAGUCGGAAAGUUUUGCCUGUCGGUUCACAUCGCCUCAAGAAAGCUGCUGGAUCCCACUCGGUGUAACUCAUAGAAGCUUAUCCGGUGUAAAAGUUCAAAGUAUCCGCAGAUUAAACAUCUUGCGUGCGCGAUUCUUCUUCUCCUAGAGGUGCGUUCAUUCCCGUGUGCGUAAGGAAGGAAGUUCGGGUUAUUGUUUUUGUGCGUUUGAUUUCUGUGCGGCUCUGCGGCUCCAAGAACACGCACACACGACUCGCGCAUUUAAUUACAUACUAGCUUGCUUGUGCUAGCUUAACUGGGAAAAGCCGGGGCUCUAGCCAAAGUAACUGCUGGAGAAGUUUUGUGUCCAGCACACGAAGGCGAAUCAACAUUGUUGUCGACUAGAUUGAAGCUGGGAUUACGGCAGAAGAAAGAAGCAGAACAACAAUGGUAUCGACCCGUCAGAUGACCGGUGCCACUACGGAGGAAAGUACUCUCUACUUGUUUCGCUCUUCAGUCAACAACAGCAAUAGCAGUGCCAGCAGCAGUCCUUCUCACCAGCCACAGCAGUUACAGAACCACCAGCAACAGCCAACCGCUUUAAACAGAUCGAUCUCCAGCAGUUCCGGUGCUGGAUCGAAUAUCGCCCAAUCGGUGACGUCACAAAAUGGUCACAGCUCCCCACAGCAUGUCCCCAAUAUCAACGGGGUCGUAAGCCUUCCUCAGCAGCCACAGAUCCACCACCAGAACCAGUAUCAGAUGGUUCCGGUGGGUGGCGUUGCAGGAGGAAGUAGCAGCCAUGCCACAUUCAGUGGUAACGGAUCCGGCGGGGUUGGUGGCUACUCGACCAAGGUGGUCGUUGUUUAUAGCAAUGGUGAUCCGUCGCAGAAUCAGCACUAUGUUACCCAAACCAAGCAGCAACAGCGGCUCAACUUGAUGGAUCUACCUGUGGAGAUCUUGGAGCACAUCUUCUCCUAUACCGGCUAUCGGAAGGUGGCGCAGAUGCGAACGAUAUCACAUCAGAUGAAUCAAGUGUGCAGUUCGAUUCUAAAUUCCACCUUCCAGAAGCUCCAAACACAGAUGCUGAACCGUUUCCAGAUCGUGAAGGCAAAAAUGCCACGAAGGGAAUCUGCUCGACGGAACCACCCGUUGGCGUGCGAAUGCGAUAUCCUGGAGACCUGUUCGAUGCGGCUCUCGCUGCUGCAGAUGACCUUCGGCAAACAUAUCGAGCGGAAGCAUUGCUGCUUUUUUCCAGGAGGGAUCCUGGAUGAGGUGUACUCGGUACUGAAAUACAUCCGGUCCACCCCGAUACUGGCCCGGCCCUUCAAGGUGACGGACGAGCUGUUCGACCUGUCGACGAUGGCCAUGGAGUACUUUAAGGAACACAUUGAACCAAACUUACCUGAUAUUACCUAUUUUAAUAAAGAUUACACAUCUAGUACAAAACCGUUCGCGGCCCUAGAGGUAUCAUCCUCGAUCCUAUCCCGGGACACAUCACACUCCAGUUCGUCCUCACCGCCCCAGAGCAACAUGGUGCUCCGGAAGGGUAUUCGUAAAAUUAAACAGGGAAUGAAAAGAUACAACAAUCAAUUAUCGGUACUGCGGAGCGAGCUGCGUACCUGCAAGCGGAAGGCCACCGAGCAGGCGAAACAAAUUGCCGAACAGCAGAAGCUGCUGGCGGAACAGCAAAAGCAAACGCUGGAGUACGCCAAUCGGCUCGACGAGAACGACAAAAAGAACGAGGAAAUUUCGCGGAAGUUUUCCACCCUGCUACAGGAACUGAACAAAUGCAAAACCGAGCUACAGUACUGGCGCUCCAAGAGUCCGGCCACCCCGAAUUGCAGCGCCUGUGGCCAAGCCAUCGUGGCGAUGCCCCCGGAAGAUCUCCAAGCUCUGGUCAACCAGGGCGUUCGACCGGAAGAGGUCGGUCUGGCUGUUAUCCCCGAGGAACCCGCAAACCUGGAGGAGUUGGAGGCGGCCGAAGUUCAAAAUGCCAUUGCCCUGGAGCUGGACGCCCAACCCCUAUCUCCGAUUCCGGUUGUGGGACAACCGGCUGCCACGAUUGGAUCUCCCCGUUCCGGACAAAAGCGGAAGUUUGAUUGUGUCGAAGCCGGAAAUGGUGAUGACGUGAGUGGAUCUCCCACGCGAUCAACUUCCCCCCUGAGCCCACCUUUUGUAUCGGCCCAGCUGGCAUCACUGGUGGCUUCGUAUUCGUCGGCAGGGACGGCAGGUCCGUCCACCUCCUACGGGUCUACGGGGGGCUCAGAUCCAUCACCGUCAUCGGUUGACGGUGGUGCCGGAGGAAGCUCUCCGGCUGCCGAUGCCGGAUGUUUAUUUCCACCGUACGCUUCUUCUUCUUCCCUUUCGAACCCGCCCUCCCCAAGUGAUGCUGCUACCAAUCAGACUAACGGUAGCAGCAGUAGUGAUAGCAGUAAUCAUAAGAAACUACGAAGAGUACAAAAUAAAGCUAGAUCACAAAUUAAUCACAAUAAUGGUACUAGUGUGUCCAACACUAAUACCAAAGCUACCAGAAGCAAACAGUUGGAAAAAUAAAUCCACAGCUAAUCUGAACUUUCUGCUGAAAAGCGUAACUGUGUAGCGAUUAGGAGUAAACGAUUUUAUUAGCAAAAGAACGAAAAUUCCUGAGAUAUAAAUGAAUUUCAGAGUAUGACAUUACUUAGUUAAUUGUGUUUCUACCCUUUUUUUCCUCUUUGUCGAAAUAUUUACUUUUUAAUACAAGCAUUUAUUGGCUGUAUUUUUCUUUUCUUCCAAUCAUUAACGUACUAUAUUUUCUAAUUUAUUUGAUGAAUAUUUUGGCGUUUGGCUUUUGGAAAACCUAAACUAAAUUAAAUCGAAAUUACAAGUAAAGUAUCAAUAGCUAUGUUGUUCGAGAGAGAAACAGAUGCAUUACACUACACAAUAUUACCAAAUUCAUUGAAAAUAAUGUAGGUAUUUUUCUGUUUCGCAAUCCAAUAAGUAACCAAACCAGCAGGAAAGAAGCACUCAAUGAUGUCAACCACACCUGAAACGAAUGAAAACUUACACUCACACAAUCUUUGUUAAAAUUUGUAUAAAUUUAAAAUUCAAAGGCUACAAAAGAUCGAUAUAAGAGAUUUUUCCAACUUUGCUUUAUGUCACAUCCAGAGCAGCAAUGCAUAAAAAUAGACCAGCAUAUGUCGUGUAAUAUUUGUGUCAUCAAUAUUCAAUUUAUCGGAAUCAGCCAAGCUGACAAACAAAUCAUACCACAACCAUAGAUGUAAUAAUACAAUAGUAAAAAAAGUGGAGAAUCAGCACCAUCACACCACACAAUCCUACUAAACCAAUCGUAGCAACAAACAAACAGACAAAAAAAAUCCUACCAAAAUACCAAAUUAAGCUUGAAAACUACAUAGAAACACGAACAAACACCAUACCAUGCUUAUCGCAAAACCAAUAGCAGUUAAAAAAAAAACAAUAAUUCAUACAAGUUAAAAAAAAUGAUACAGAAAUAACGCAAAACGGUGUUGGAUGAUAUCAAAGCAGGGGUUCUAGCCAGUUAGUUUUUUUUUUGUUUAGCCACAUAUACACCCACAAACAAACAUACAUAUUAAAACACAUGCAUUGUUUGUAUUUGUAGAAUUUAAACCACAACAACAACAAAAAAGUAGCAAGAGAGAUACAAAAGUUUCUGUUUAUCAUAUCAAUCGAAAGUUUUUCCUACCACCUUCUCUGAAAAAAACCCUUAUCCGGAGAAAAAAUAACGAUUGGGAAGUUACAUUUUAAUUGUUUUAGUGUUAAUUGGAUUUUUAUCAACCACGGACAUUUGUAAACGAGAACAAAAAAUAUUCAACCUAAAAUUAUAAUCAAAAUUUAAAAAAAAUCAUUUGGUAGCGGUUAGGUUAUGCUUUCGGCAAAACACAAAUACUUUUGGAUUAAAUUUGUUGUUUCUAUAAUCGUUUCGGCGUAGAAUCUAUAGCAUAGGCGUUCGGUUGUUUGGGUUCUAAAUUUAAAUUAAACCUAGGAUUAGCGAGAGACAGAAAGAAGGCAAAAUUAUUACCACACAAAUCCAAUUAGCGCUGUAAAUAAACUGAUCUAAAAAGUCAAAGAAACAAAGCAAACAUCAAUGCGAUCAAAUUUUUAAUUCCACUUAACGGGGAGAAUGAAUCACAGGCUUAUCGAAAAUCGCAACUGAGAGGGGUAAACACUUUAUAAGAGUUGUCCAAAUUUUUAAUUCUAAAAUCGUAUCUGAAUUUUCAAAAUAACUCUCAACUCGAGUUCUUACUUUAUUCUUCAAAAAUUCUAAGAUUUAAUUUUAACUUGGGAAGUAGAUUUACAGUAAAAUCUUAUUUCUGAAUGUGAAAACGGAAUCUUAAUUCGUAAUUGGAAACAAAUCUGAAAUUUGAAUUUGAGUUUUGAGUCUGGGUACCAACACAAAGUUCUAAAUCUAAAUCUAAUUUCCGAAAUCUAAUUCCUAAUGAGCUGAUAAUUCGGAAUCCAAAUCUGAAUCUAAAAUCAAAAUCAGAAUUUAGAACCUGAAUUCUACAUCUUAUUCUGCAUGCUAAAUUCUGUGUUUGAAUUUUGAACCUGAGUUCUUAAUCUGAUGUUUUUUCAUGGUUCUAAGUUCCAUUUUUUUUUCACCAGUUAAAGUCAGCAUUUGCCCCUCAAAGUUCAAGUUUUCUCUAUGUUUUCCCAUUAGGCAGACGCACCAGCGUCGAAUCUGUGAAAAUCCUAUAAAUACAAAUCAACAACAAAAAUUAGAAACAGCAGAACAAAAAUAAUCCGAAAAAUUUAAAGAAAGAAUAUAGCAAAAAAAACAAAAGGAAUACAAUGAUAAACCGUAGACUUUUCUCUUAUAUACAAUAUAUAUACAACAACAAGAAUAAAAAAGAAAGAAAUGAAACAAACACAAACUACAGCAAGAAACUAAUUAAUAAACAAAAUAUCUAAUUAUUAUUUUUGUAGUAGAUGCUAGUUUUGUAAGCCAAUUUACUGUGUGGAGAAACGACGAUGUCUCGUGAUCGCAGCUGGUUAGCAUUUGGGUUCCAAAAACUUGAUCGCUGGCCAGCCACCCGAUCCAGAUCCGGUUAGCUCUCAUCUCAUUGUGGUAGUGAUAUUUUCGUAUGCAAAAUAUGAAAUACAAUUGUACUAAGUAGAACAUAUUUAAUAAAUGACCAUAUGUGGAACAAAACUGAACAGAGAGAAAAGAAAAUCUGAAAAUAAAACAACAGAAAAGAAAUUACACAACACCCCCACACACACAUACCCUAUUAUAAAUGCAGAUUUAGGCUAAGGCUCUAGGUUGAUUUUAACUAAUUCGAGAACGAGAAAAGACGACUUAAAAUGAGGCAUAUAUUAGGAGAAAAUCAAAUUUAAACAAACAAACGCGCUGCUGCGAAAAUCCAAACUCGGAUGCAGGGAAAAGAAAAUCAAAAAAUACACUAUCGCAAAACACUGAUUGAUUCAGCAGCAUGAAGGCGAAUCGAAAUGAUUGACAUCGCCACACAUUUUGAAGAGUGGGGGAGUAGAAGAACGAAAAACAAAAUCAAUACAAAAUUUUAGAUUCUAACUCUUUUUCUAAGCAACUGGUAAAGUUGAUGAUAACUGUUUGUAGGAAAAACAAAUAACACAUUUCUCGUUAUCUCUGACUAUGGAAGCAAACAUAACAAAAACCAUGCAUUACUAUUUGCGAAGAUUAAAAAAAAAUCAAACGAUAAAGUGGAGAAAAAACUACACCAGCAAACAAUUUAAUGAAUACCGAACAAAAGAGAAAACAAAAAAAAAAAACAAAACAAGAUUAUAAAUAGGUAGUAAUGUGAUAAUGGAAAUAAUGAAAUAAAAAAAAACAAGAAUCCUAUAUGAAUCACAAAAACCCAACGCUAAAUUGUAUGACAUUAGCGUGUUUUAGACGUCGUUGUUGCCCCUCCUCUAAAGAAGUCAAUCGUUUGUUCGUUUCAUUUUUACAAAAAAAACUCGGUUCUAAUUUUUCGGUCAAUUUCAUAUUGCUGCUGCAGACAGAAGAAAGAAAGCAAAAGAAAACGAACAAAGCAUGUGGUUAAUUCCUGUAAAGUGUUACACAAAGAAAAAAAAACCGGACCGUUUUACACUCGAGCCAACCUAGCCAACCAUGUCGUGAGUUUGUCCAUUUCCGGAAUGUGCUGUCGCCACCCACGGGAAGAAUUUCUUCCGGUUCCACCGAUGAAACUGAGGACUAAAACAUGUUACCUUCCCAACUUAUGUCGGGAAAUUGAUUGAAUUUAAUUAGCUAGACUACAACUAGGUACAUGAAGAAAAAAAAAUGGCGAAGAUUUUAAAAAUGGUUCGAGUCAAUAGGUUCUGGAAAGGGAAUGAAUACCGAUUUUAAAUACCCGACUUUCGGUUGUAUUGAUUAUAGACGAUGAAUGGAAUGUGUAAAGAAUUAGAGAUGGAAAUUAGAACAAAAAGGGAUAAUGAACCACAAGUCCUAUAACAGCUUUCUUAGGAACACCUACCUACUUUUCUUCAACAUUUUCUGGCUGCACAAGAAAGAGAAAGAAUUCGAGAAAAACAAACUUUUUAUCAGUGAAAAACAACCACUAGCGUAGCCCAGAACAACAGGUAAACGCAUUUGUGUCGUGAUGGGUAUUCGUAACUGAAGUAUUGAUUUUGGUACUGUUGGAAAUUGUCAGGGUUUUGGCACUAGAUCAGUUCAUUUUUUACUUUUAGUAUAAACAUGAAGAAUGAUCAAGAAACUACAAGCACUUGCAAGUGAAAAGAUUUUUUACCACAUUUAGAAAUUCCCUAAAAUAAAAACUUAAAACAAAAUUCUCAAGUUCUUCAAAACAACAAUUAAAUUUAGGAUUUAAAACUAAAGAGAACAGCCUAUUACCUAUUAAAUUUUAGCGAAAGUUAUGGAACUUUCGAAUAAAAUAUUUCCUGUCAUCGUUCUGGGGAAUUCUGGACAAGUCACGUAGAAUUCUCUCAUGUACAUUCUCUCAUGUACAUCAGUAAACAUUUUUAAACAAUUUGUGAAUUUCGAACUUUUUUUUUUUCAAAUGAUAUCAAUUCAAGCUGAUAACCAAAUCGUUACUCCAUUUUCGACGCCCCAUCACCAGAUGUUUCAAUUAUGAACUCAUGAAAGAUUACGAACACAAAAGCAAACGUGGAGACAUGAAUUCUAAAGAAAUCGAAUAAAAAACGGAAUGUGGUUAUUCACGCCAUGAGCAAGC